CUUUCUUUCUGUUUUAUUUUUACCAUUUAAUCAACAGAAGUAUCUUAUACUUUUUUUUUAUAUAUCUUCUUUGGUAUUAUAUCCUAUGCUUUACCUUACUGACGAUAUAGGAUUACUUCCAUUCUUCCUGCCUUUUGGAAUCAUUGGAUUUUAUCGUUACCUCUGGUUUUUUAUCAAACUAGUAGCCUAUCUCGUAUAUAAACCAAGACGACCAAGAAAGAAUCCUACCUAUAUACCUGAAAAGGAUGUGACUAUAGUUGUGCCUACUAUUGAUGCUGGUGAAGAAUUCAAAAUUGCUGCUCGAAGUUGGCUUGGUACAGUAGAAUCAAAUGAGACAAUAAAAUUUAUCUAUUUAUAAUUUUUUUUUUAUUUUUAUUUUUAGCAUGUCGACCGAAGGAAAUUAUCAUUAUUACGGAAACUUCUAUGCGAGAGCCAUUACAGGAAUUGGCCAACGAAGUAGAUCCAUCUCGUAUCUCGGUACGAACGGUACCCAAGGCGAACAAACGAUUACAAAUGGUGGAAGGUGUCAAUGCAACAACGACAGAAAUUUUAGUAUUUGCUGAUGAUGAUGCGAUUUGGAAACCGACAAUGUUGGAUUAUAUAUUGGCUUGUUUUGAAGAUUUACAAAUGGGUGGUGUAGGCACUUCACAAACAGUGCAUGCUGUGGAUCCAAACGGACACCAAACAUUAUGGGAAAUUUUGGCUGGUUAUCGAUUGACGAGUCGUAAUAUUGAAAUCGCGGCAUCGACACAUAUUGAUGGUGGCAUUUGUUGUUUAUCAGGACGAACGGCAGCCUAUCGUACAUUGAUUCUCAAGGACCCAGCUUUCCAGUACUGCUUUACGAAUGACCUCUGGCGUGGACGAUAUCCACUUAAUUCGGGUGAUGAUAAAUUUCUUACAAGGUGGAUGCAUUCACAUGGAUGGAAUACGUAUGCUCAAGUAUGUAAGGAAGCUGAACUCUUUUCGACAUUCAAGAAUAAUUGGCGAUUUAUUAAGCAAGUAUUACGUUGGACUCGAAACACUUGGCGAUCUGAUUUCCGAUCAUUAUUCACUGAACGUUAUAUUUGGCGGCGACAUCCUUAUGUGGCUUUUACUAUGGUAGAUAAAAUCUUCAAUCCUUUGACUUUACUUGCUGGACCGAUUCUUGUUGCUACAUUUGCUUCUUUACAAGAAAGUAGAGCAGGACCUACUAAUCCUCCUUUGCCUGCUUGGAAUAUCGCAGUCUCUUAUAUCAUUUGGUUAUUGGUGACUCGAUUUCUCAAGUUGAUUCCUCACUUUCUGAAAAGACCUCAAGAUAUUUGGGUAUUACCAUGUUGGCUUAUAUUCAAUUAUUACUUCGCCAUUAUGAAAAUUUAUGCCUUAUUUACACUUCAUGUUACUGCCUGGGGAACACGUGCUGGUAUCGGUACCGAAUUAGCGGCGGAUAUUAAACAACAAGGGGAAGCCAAUGAUGAUAAUGGAGAUGUCAAAAUUGAAAUGAGUCAAAUGGAUCCUCAGCAACAUCAACGGCAAUUGCAACAACAACAACAACAAAUUCAAGAAUAUAGGAACAGUGCCAUCCAUAAUGAUAGUGACAACAACGAUUAUCCUGUUAACCAAUCAACUACGCAACAAAAGGAUCCUUUUUGGUCAAGCGAAGAUGAACAUCACCAUCAAACACAACCUCUUGUUAAUGCUUAGACCUCCUUUAGUUUUAAUUAUAGAUCUUCUUUUUUUGUUUUAGAUCAAUUUACCCCCCCUCCUCUUUUCCUUAUUUUUCUUUACCUUCUUUUUUCACACUAGUUUAGAUAGUUAAUUUGAUUUUUAUUUUGUAUUCCUAUUAUUCAUCCAAUAAAAAUGCGAUUAUUAACAUCCA